AUGACAAUCAGAUUUUGGAAGGAUUCUUGGAUUCCUAAUAUUAAUAAUCUUGCCAGUUUUGCUCUCUAUCCUUUGAAUGAGGAUGAAUUGGAUGAUCCUAUGACCUUGUUUUCUAAUCUUGUUUGCUGGAAUUGGCCAAAAAUUAGGCAAAUUUUACCUAUGCAUAUUUGUAAUUUGAUUGCUGGUUGUGAUCCUCCUUUACUGACUAAUGAUAAUGAUCAAGUCUUCUGGAAUCUUGAAGGUAAUGGUAAAUUUUCUCUUAGGUCUGCUUAUAGUCUAUUAUCUAAUUAUAACCAUGAGAAUUUAGGAAGAAACCAUAAUUUUAAUCUUAUUUGGGAUUGUAAGGCCCUCCCUAGAUUUUCUGUUUUUCUCUGGAAAGUAGCCCAUGGAAGGCUUUUAACUAAUGCUGAAAGAUUUAAUCGUAAUAUGACUUCUUCCUCUUUGUGUCCUAGAUGUAAUGAAGCUCCUGAAACUGUGAUUCAUGUCUUGAGAGAUUGCUAG